AUCCAACGAACUAGGCAAGAAAUCUUCUUCUACGUGCAGCAUACAUCACGUAGCAGGGCUCUCGCGAGUUUGAUAUUUAUGAAAACGAGUGAAAGUAGUAUAGGAACGCGUCGGUGCAUCCAUUGAUACUCGAACCAGAUAGGAUUUAAUGAGCUGCUAGCAAGUACGACCGCUAUAGAGGAUUUCGCAUAAACCAGUAGAAAGUAUUUUCAUGCAACGGAAUUAUAUUUUUUUUUUAAAAAAAGGGGAAAAAAGAAAAAAGAACAAGUUCGGAAAUUUCCCCGUAGUAAUUCGUCUUAUUCUGACGCCAUCGACCGACGAGACAUUCCAUCUGUCUAGUAACAUCCAGGCACAUUGCGAUGUCAAUUUUACGGCAUUCUGUAGUAAAUAAUAGCGAGCGUUCGCUCGACCGUGUCGCUACUGACCUAGCUCCGGCCAGCGGUCGUUUAAUGGCUCGUAAAGCUUACCUCUUUUUCGCCAAGCACCCUCAUUACUACUGCAUAGAUUACUCAUGGUACAGUGAAACCGGAUGCACCGCGAACUUCCAACCGGUAACCUGCAUACCGACCGUAUAAUGAGAGGCAAACUGACACACGUGGAUUGUGUGUGCAUGCUCGUGUUCACUGAUCGGAGCAAGGCCAAAUGCGAGUGAAUACGACGGUCUCAUUGGCGAGCAAGUGACGCGUGACACGGGGUUUCAUCAAUAAACAUGGCGAUGCAGAAAAUCAUGGGUUCGCCGGUAUACACGCUUUUAGCUUGUCGAACCGGAAAUCAUGGUUCCUACCGAUGUCAAGGUGGCGCUCGCGACAUUUCGCUUUCGCCAUUUCUCACAUCAUUUUUAUGUACGUGACGCAAACACGAUCCAGGAACUCGUGACGAGACAUAAUAUACUAAUUUUACUAAUUUAUCAUACUAAAUUCUGUUGACCGGAGAUUUCUUCGUUUGUUUCUCCUCUAUAAGUGACCUCGUUAGAUUCGCAAAAAUUCAUUAGCAUUCGAAUUAUAAAAUUCAUCGAGUCAUUGAAACGAUCGUCAAAUCAUCGACUGACUCAUCGAAUCAAAACGGCAGCCAAGCAUGGGAGAAGAACGAGAUAGAAAGAACUGAAAGAAAUCGAGGCGGAUUAGGGCCAGUUCCCUACCGAAAUUUCAUUGCUGGCUCGCCGCUUCCCGAUGCUUGACUGCGCUCAUGAACCAGAACAUUAAGAGAAGGAUACCCCCUCCUAGGGUCCGUGGCCUACGCGUGUUUACCACAUGUAACGCGUUUUCACUUGGUGUGGCCCAGUUAACCAGUCCGGUCGCCUUCAGCCAGGACGAAAAUGGCAAGGAUGCGUGGUACUACAGGAUAAGAGGGAAAACAGCCGCUGGAAACGCUAACCAGGACGGCUGAAACGCUGGCAAUGACUAACGGUUAUCUUUAAUUAACACAGUUUCGUUUCUAUUUUUGUUCGUGUCAUAAAUGUAGAAUGUAUCGUCUCGAAACAUAUAUUACGCACAUCGUUAUACCUCCGUUUUACUACAGAAUAAAAAGAAAGAGAAAGAAAGAACCUAGCUAUUUCUGAUUACAACAUACGAGCGUAUCAUGAUCUGGUUAAUCCGAUACUUCCAGCGGAUCAGGUCGAUCAACCACCAUCUCUCCCGUGAUGCUUUCGAUUUCAGGCUUAUCGAGACACAACGAUAACACGAGGGAAAAUCACAGCAGAAGGACAUUUGUGUAGAAGACACAUACACACCUGGUUGCCACGAACUUCCGAUCAGAAACGCUGACAUCUGAUCUGGUCUGACCGGUCGAGCGGAAGAAGUCGAACGACAAGGGCGAGGACGACGAUCCGGUCGAGAGUAGCGAAACGAUUCACCGGAAUCGUCGGUUUUAUCGAUGGCGAGUUGGUGGGGCUGGGACGGUAGAAGAGGAGGGAUGCGAAUUCCGAGCUGAUCCGGAGAGCAACUCUGCUCUCUACCUGUGGUGGACCCCAGGUGGUUAGCGAGACGCGGUCUCCGCUCUCAAAUGAUCCUUGGCAAUGAAAAUUCUCCCACAAUGGUGGUAUUCGUACGCGCCACACCGCCACGGUGGGGAGAAUAUCACCGGCCACGGAGGUACACCUGACCAGAUAUAUAGAGCUAGGGCAGGGCUUCCGCUACGGACAGUCUAGUUACAGUGCUCUGUGUAAGCACGCAUCUCGCGGCCCAAAGUGUCAAACAACUCGAGUACCGGUGGCUAACAAGCUUCGACGCUUGUUCCUAAAAUACCGUGCAGAAGUCCACAGAAGUUCUUUAGAUUGUACAAAAUGAGAGAUUUUGCAUACUGUUCCGUGUACCUGGCCUUUUUACUGGCCAUGGCUUCGGCUAGAUCAGCUGAGACUAAUCCCACGGCCAAUUCCAUCAACGAAGAGACAGCAAGGUCUAGCGGAAACAGCAACGUGUUUGGAGAUCUUCGACAGAUGUACCAGAUUUACAAGGAAUGCGCGGACGAGGAUAUCAGUUCUUGUUUGAAAGUGAGGUUGCUGUCGGCCAUAGACAGGGUGUCUAGGAGCACGCAGUUGAACGUUGCCGACGGUGUUACCAUCGUUCAGGACGAGCCUAUCUCUAACGUGGAGGAACCACCGAAAUCUCUUCAGGAAAUCGAGGCCGAGCUACCUAGGGCUUUAGACGACAAAGAAAAUGCGUUGAAUACCAUGAUCUUCGACAAAGUGAUGAAAUUUUUCCAAAGCCAUACGUUAAAAUUGAAGCUGCCCAAUGUAGAGGAACUUCAACGGAGUUUGGUGGAAGAAGGCCGUAAGAAGAAGAAGAAUAUGGGCGGUCUGCUAGCUAUUCCUCUGUUGAUUGGUGGAACUUUGGUACCAUUGGCCUUAGGAGCGUUAGCUCUUUUAGCUGGCAAGGCUUUGAUCGUUAGCAAGCUGGCUCUAGUAUUGGCUUCCAUCAUCGGUUUGAAAAAACUAGUGUCAGGAGGCGGGGAUCAUGGCCAUGAAGUCGUUCAAGUUGCCGGAGGCCACGGAUCCAGCGGAUGGGCGAGAUCGAGUCACGAUCUCGCCUAUUCCGCCUACAAGCCAUCGUCUACUUAGCAAAACAAAGGGACAACAGCGAGAUGUAUUUUCAAUCUCGUUAGACUUCGCUUUCACGAGGCAUCCGUGUGAUGUUUGUCGGAUGUCGCUUUCCUCUUCGACCGUUCACCUUUCUCAUCUUCCCAUUUUCUAUGACUCCUUCUUUCUAUUCGUUCCGCUCCAUUCUUCUUUUCCCUCUUUAUCCUCUCUUUCUCUCUUUAUCAUGUUUCCCCUCUUCGUAUCUACUAAAUGAUCAUCGCUAUCGACCAUUUGAUCGCCUCAUUCACAGUAUUUAUUGUUCUGCGCGGAGCUGCCAGGCAGCCAUGUAUAUUUAUAGAUAUGAAAAUAUAUUAAGAUUAACUUCUUUGUA